UGUAAAAUUACCAAAUGGCGGGAGCAGUAGUAGACUUUCGACUGCAAAAUUUCUAGGGCACAGUCUUCCUACACCACCACUUGCUGAACUUUCGCUCUCGAGCCCUAGUUCACCAUGGAAGAUACUCCUCGUCCCCAGAAAAGGAGUAGGGUUCCAGGCCAGGACGAUGAGGGAGAAGCUAACAAGGAUGACGGAAGCGGCGGAGAGAAUCACGAGCGAAGUGCCAGUGAGGCCAGUGACCAGAGCCCUAGCCAGAUGGAGCUCGAUGCUUCACCUGAAGAAGAUUUCCAGGAGAACCGACCUCAGUUGAAGCGUAAUCGUAACUCAAUCCAUCCACCGCAUCAGAAUCUGAUUGAGGUCGUCAAAGGGAAUGGGAAUCUUAUUCCUAAAGCUGUAAAGAUUUGGGUUGAAAGAUAUGAAGAGAAUCCUAGACCUGCAACUGUUGAACUCUUGACAAUGCUGUUUGAGGCUUGUGGUGCUAAAUACUACAUAAAAGAAGAGCUACUUGAUGAAACUGAUGUCGAUGAUGUUGUGGUUGCUCUUGUCAAUCUUGCUAGAACGGGGGAAGUUGAAGAUUAUCAAAGUUCAAGAAAGAAGGAAUUCAAGAAUUUCAAAGAAAAUCUUGUUUCAUUCUGGAAUAAUUUGGUGCUUGAGUGCCAGAAUGGACCAUUGUUCGAUAAAGUUUUGUUUGACAAGUGCAUGGACUAUAUAAUUGCACUCUCAUGUACACCGCCAAGAGUUUACCGCCAAGUUGCUACACUAAUGGGCCUCCAAUUAGUCACAUCUUUUAUUUCUGUGGCAAACACACUCAGUUCUCAGCGAGAAACAACACAGAGACAGUUGAAUGCAGAAAAGAAAAAAAGAGCUGAUGGUCCUCGUGUGGAGUCACUGAACAAAAGGUUGUCAGAUACUCAUGAUCAAAUAACUACAUUGGAGGAGAUGAUGCGGAAAAUUUUCACCGGGUUGUUUGUCCAUCGAUAUCGAGAUAUUGAUCCCAGUAUCCGGAUGUCAUGCAUUCAGUCUCUUGGCAUUUGGAUUUUGUCAUACCCAUCUCUGUUCUUACAAGAUCUGUACUUAAAAUAUCUUGGAUGGACACUGAACGACAAAAGUGCUGGUGUGAGGAAAGCUUCUCUCUUGGCUUUGCAAAAGCUUUAUGAAGUGGAUGAAAAUGUUCCAACUCUUAGUUUAUUCACUGAGAGAUUUUCUAAUCGGAUGAUUGAGAUGGCUGAUGACGCUGAUAUGUCUGUAGCUGUAUGUGCUAUAGGACUUGUAAAACAACUGCUCAGACACCAGCUUAUACCAGAUGAUGACCUAGGCCCAUUAUAUGAUUUGCUUAUUGAUGAUCCCCAAGAAAUCAGACGUGCAAUAGGCGAGUUGGUGUAUGACCACUUGAUUGCGCAGAAGUUUAAUAGUUCACAAUCUGGUCCUAAGGGUCGUGAUGACGAUACCUCCGAGAUCCAUAUCUUCAGAAUGCUGCAAAUACUACGGGAGUUCUCCACAGAUCCGAUUCUGAGUAUUUAUGUCAUUGAUGACGUUUGGGAGUACAUGAAAGCCAUGACGGACUGGAAGUGUAUCAUUUCAAUGCUAUUGGAUCAGAAUCCCCGGACUGAUUCUAUUAAUGAUGAGGACUCAACCAACUUGAUUAGACUUCUGUUUGCAUCAAUCAGAAAAGCUGUUGGAGAGAGGAUAAUCCCUACAACAGAUAAUCGAAAGCAGUAUCACAGUAAAGCUCAACGAGAAAUGUUUGAGAACAACAGGCGGGACAUAACAGUUGCCAUGAUGAAAAACUAUCCGCAACUUCUGCGUAAAUUCAUGGCUGACAAAGCCAAAGUGUCAUCACUGGUGGAGAUCAUUGUGCAUAUGAAACUUGAGCUCUAUUCUCUUAAAAGACAAGAGCAGAAUUUUAAAACUGUCCUCCGACUAAUUAAGGAUGCGUUUUUCAAGCAUGGUGAGAAGGAAGCAUUAAGAUCUUGCAUAAAAGCUAUUACAUUCUGUGCCUCUGAGAGUAAAGGCGAGCUUCAAGAUUUUUCCCGUAGUAAACUGAAAGAUCUUGAAGACGAGCUUUUAUCCAAGCUUACUUCUGCAGUAAAAGAAGUAGCGGAUGACAAUGAUGAAUACUCCCUCCUUGUAAAUCUGAAGAGGUUGUAUGAGCUUCAGUUGUCAAAGCCUGUGCUUGUGGAGAGCAUGUUUGAUGAGAUCGUCACAACUCUACGCAAUUUUAGAAACCUGGAUGAAGAGGUUAUUGGUUUCCUGCUUUUGAAUAUGCUAUUGUAUGUUAAUUGGUCUCUGCACUCCAUCAUAAAUAGUGAAGAAGUCCCAGAAGCUUCCUUAUCUUCCCUUUUGUCUAAACGCGAUACCUUGUUCGAGGAGCUGUCGUACUUUCUGAACACACGUGAAGUUGGGGAGUCAAGGAAACAUGGUACUCAGCUAGCUAGCAGGAUUUGUGUUAUACUCACUGAGGCCUGGUGUCUGUUUAAAAAGUCAACGUUUGACUCAGUUAAUCUCAAAAGAUUGGGGUAUUGUCCAGACACCACUCUUCUCGAUAAAUUCUGGAAACUCUGUGAGGAAUUGUUGAAUACGUCAGAUGAGACAGAUGAAGAUGAUGGAAACAAGGAGUAUAUAGAAGAGACAAACAGAGAUGCUAUAGCAAUUGCUGCCUGCAAAUUGAUUGAUUGUGAUGCAGUGCCUAAGGAUUUUCUUGGACCGGAGAUCAUUUCUCACUUUAUCAUGCAUGGGACUACCGUGGCAGACAUUAUAAAGAAUUUUAUCACAGUCCUAAGGAAAAAGGAGUAUGACAUGUUUAAUAUCUUUCUGGAAUCCCUGAAAAGGGCCUAUCAUCGAUAUGUAAAUGAGCUUUCCUGUGGCCAUGAUGAAUUCAAAACAAGCAAGCGUCUCGAAGAGUGUAGGGAGCUUGCUGCUCGGCUGUCUGGAAUGUACAUCGGUGCUGCCCGGAACAAACACAGAUUAGAGAUUUUGAGAAUCGUAAAGGAAGGCAUUGAGUAUGCUUUUACAGACGUCCCAAAGAAACUGCUAUUCCUGGAAGCUGUUGUAUUACCCUUUGCAUCCAGACUUCCUGUGCCUGACAUCAUGGACAUUCGGAGAGAAGUUCAGAAGCGAACGGUGAAUGUUAAGUCAGAUGAAGAUCCCAGUGGAUGGCGCCCCUGCUUCACCUUUUUGGAAAUGCUAGAGGAGAGGUGCUCAAAGAACGAGGAUUUCCAAGACGAGAGGGAAGGAGCAGUUGUAAGAAGAAGAAGGGGUCGGCCUAGGAAGCAGCAGCAUGAAACCACAGAGAGGAAGAGACUCUUUGAAGAGCAGAGUGGAAGUGAAGAGGACAGUGGGUCCGACAAAGAAAAGCAUGACGAUGAAGACGACGAUGAAGAUGCACCUCUCAUUGAAACAAUCAGAUCGGCUGCAAAACUCAGGGCUUCUCGAGUAGCUGCUAACAGAGAAAGGUCAAAUGCAUAAUAAAUGUGUUUGUCCGUAUUCUCCCACUGAUGAGGUGACCAUAGAAGAGAUUGAUUUCUUCGCAUUGGUCUAUCAUCUUCAUCUGCUUCGUUACUUGACAGUAAUCUAUCUGCCUGUCUGUUUGUAUUUACGUUGAGUACCCCUCCUCUCUAGAAUUUCGUGUGUUGUAUAUUUGUAGGAACCCCAUCUCCCUAUCCUCCUGUCUUAUUAUAUGCAUUUGGUUUCCAGACGCCCAAUUCUCCUC